AUCAAGAACGGAAAGGACCGAAGAGUAACUUUAAUAAUGUUUCUUAUACGGCCGACAUUAACUAUCUCUAUAAUCGCCCCUCCUCCUCCCCCAAAAGAGAGACAGAAAUUGUAAGGGAGAGGCUUUGAGAUAAAACCCCAGGAAGAACUUCCCGAGUCUGUGCAUGUUGGGGCAGAAAGAGCGGCAGAGCCAACUCCUUCCCUGCUCCACAGCACCUGUUGCCUUCAUUAGCAGCUUUUCCUCCUCUUCCCUGCACUCCCCAGAACCAAAGAAUGUGAAGGGGGUCCAUGGAGGGCUCACGUCCCCGCGCCCCGAGCGGCCACUUAGCGCCGUCGCCGCCGGCUUUCGACGGCGAGCUGGAUUUGCAGCGAUACUCCAACGGGCCAGCCGUGAGUGCAGGGUCGCCCGGGAUGGGAGCGGUGAGCUGGUCUGAGAGUCGUGCAGGCGAACGGCGCUUCCCCUGCCCUGUAUGCGGGAAGCGCUUCCGCUUCAACUCUAUCCUGGCUUUGCACCUGCGGGCGCACCCAGGCGCCCAGGCCUUCCAGUGCCCACACUGCGGCCACCGCGCGGCGCAGCGGGCUCUGCUGCGCUCGCACCUGCGCACACACCAGCCCGAGCGCCCACGUAGUCCUGCUGCACGCCUGUUGCUGGAGUUGGAAGAGCGCGCGCUACUACGCGAAGCUCGACUGGGGAGAGCCCGAAGCUCAGGGGGCAUGCAGGCCACCGCUGCCACUGAGGGCUUGGCGCGGCCCCAGGCUCCUUCAUCGUCCGCCUUCCGUUGCCCCUACUGCAAAGGCAAGUUUCGCACCUCGGCGGAGCGCGAACGCCACCUGCACAUCCUGCACAGGCCCUGGAAGUGCGGCCUGUGCAGUUUCGGCUCCAGCCAGGAGGAGGAGCUGCUGCACCACAGCCUGACGGCCCACGGGGCUCCCGAGCGCCCCCUGGCGGCCACCACCGCUGCGCCUCAGCCUCAGCCUCAGCCUCAGCCUCAGCCUCAGCCUCAGCCUCAGCCUCCACCCCAGCCCGAAACUAGAUCAGUCCCGGAGCCGGAGCCCGAGCCCGAACGUGAGGCAACCCCGACCCCAGCUCCUGUCGCUCCCGAGGAGCCCCCAGCACCUCCGGAGUUCCGCUGCCAAGUGUGCGGCCAGAGCUUUACACAGUCUUGGUUUCUCAAGGGCCACAUGCGUAAGCACAAGGCCUCCUUCGAUCAUGCGUGUCCGGUGUGCGGCCGCUGCUUCAAGGAGCCCUGGUUCCUUAAGAACCACAUGAAGGUGCACGCCAGCAAGCUGGGCCCACUGCGUGCCCCGGGGCCUGGCUCCGGGCCUGCCCGGGCCCCGCAGCCUCCUGACCUCGGCCUGCUGGCCUAUGAGCCGUUGGGCCCAGCGCUCCUCUUGGCCCCGGCGCCCACCCCGGCCGAGCGCCGUGAGCCCCCGAGCCUCUUGGGCUACCUGAGCCUGCGGGCUGGCGAGGGCCGGCCCAACGGCGAGGGUGCUGAGCCCGGGCCCGGCCGCAGCUUCGGAGGCUUCCGCCCGCUGUCCUCUGCUCUCCCGGCCCGGGCUCGCCGGCACCGUGCGGAGGAGCCGGAGGAAGAAGAGGAGGUGGUGGAGGCCGAGGAGGAGACCUGGGCCCGGGGCAGGUCGCUGGGCCCUCUGGCUUCCCUGCAUCCGCGUCCGGGUGAGGGACCGGGGCACUCUGCCCCUUCUGCUGGGGCCCCGGCAAGAUCGACCACCACGCAGGAAGAGAAUGGGCUGUUGGUUGGAGGGACCCGGCCUGAAGGGGGCCGGGGCGCCACCGGCAAGGAUUGUCCCUUCUGCGGAAAAUCUUUCCGCUCAGCACAUCACCUCAAAGUGCAUCUGCGAGUGCACACAGGCGAGCGGCCCUACAAGUGUCCGCACUGUGACUACGCGGGCACCCAGUCCGGCUCGCUCAAGUAUCAUCUACAGCGCCACCACCGGGAGCAGAGGAGCGGGGCCGGCCCCGGGCCACCCCCGGAACCACCGCCUCCUUCCCAGCGGGGUUCAGCCCCGCAAUCUGGAGCCAAGCCGUCUCCACAGCCUGCGACCUGGGUGGAGGGUGCCUCAAGCCCCCGGCCUCCUUCUAGCGGUGCUGGGCCGGGGUCCCGUCGGAAGCCCGCCAGCCCUGGGAGGACCCUGCGCAACGGGCGAGGUGGUGAGGCCGAACCCCUGGACCUGUCCUUGCGGGCAGGGCCGGGAGGCGAGGCCGGGCCGGGGGGUGCCCUCCACCGCUGCCUCUUCUGCCCUUUCGCCACUGGAGCCCCAGAGCUCAUGGCCUUGCACCUUCAAGUGCACCACAGCCGCCGGGCUAGGGGCCGCCGGCCACCCCAGGCUGACGCGUCCUCGCCCUAUGCCCGAGUACCAUCAGGAGAGACCCCUCCCAGUCCUUCGCAGGAAGGGGAGGAGGGCUCCGGGCUGUCCAGACCCGGAGAGGCAGGGCUAGGGGGGCAAGAACGGUAGUGAGCCCUCAGGGGCGAUUAGCUUAGUGAGCUUACCCCGCCGGAGCGGGGGAGCGCUAGAGGUAGUUGGGUAGAGAAGCCAGCAGGGGGCAGCGUGGGACCCAUAUCCCAGCCCCAGGCGGACCAGAGGUGGAAGGGGCGGCGGGCGUAGGAGGGUGGGCUGGCGGUACCCACCCAGCCCAAGGGAGUCACAGUGCCUUAGAAGUGGCAGAGGUGAGGGUCAAAGAACGGGGUCCCUGGGCUGGCAGAGAGGGUUUGUGUCCCUGUUGAGGAGCCACUCUGCCAGUCUUUGCUGGUCCAUAGGCGUGAGAGUUUAUUUUUGUACAAGGGGUGAGGGUGGGGAGCACUGUACCCUUCUAGCCCCAUCAGGGGCUCUGUAGACGUCGCUAUUUUUGGUACGAUUCCUGUCAUCCCUGUUGCAGAGUCGUGUCCCCAAUAAACAGGUGUCGUGAGGCACA